AUGAGGAAGAGGAAAAGGGAAACUUCAAAUGGAAAUAAUGCAGGAAAUGUGUGGAAGUUGAUAUGGGGUUUAAAUGUUCAAAAUGUGGUGAAGCACUUCCUGUGGAAGGCAACUCAUAACGUGCUACCAACAAAACAAAACCUAUAUAAGAAGCAAAUCACUGAGUCUGAUUGCUGUCCAAUUUGUGAGAGGGAACCCGAGACAAUUAUGCAUGUUGUGUGGAGUUGCCCAGCUGCCUCAGAUGUUUGGGUAGAGAACGACAGUCCAGUGAACAAAUGGUACAGUUCAGAUUAUGAGUUUAUGGAUUUGUGGGUGAAACUAAAUGCAUUUAUCAAAGAAGAGAAGGUGGAGGUGGUAGCUUGUAUUAUGAGGAAGAUAUGGAUGAGAAGAAAUUUACUAUUAUUUGAAAAGAAAUUUUAUCACUCGAGGAAUCUUAUUUCUGCUGCAACCCAGGGACUAAGGGAGUUCAAGCUUUCCCAGGACCAACUACAGAAAACUCAGAUGCAAGGGAAUGUGGAUAGAAGUGUUAUUAAAUGGGAAAAACCAGAGGAAAUGGUAGUGAAAGCAAAUUGA